UGCAGCUAAUGGUCAUUUUGAUUUUUUUGAAGAUGUCUUCACUGACGGCAAAGGUCGUAGACCAUAUUGGAUCGGUAUUGAAUACCUUGAUGAUAAGUGGAUGAUACCAACACAAGAUAAGGAUGUGGCUGAAAGACACGACUACCAAAUUUUCACAUACAAUUCAGUCACUUAUACACGAUGGCGACCAUCACAACCAGAUGGCUGCUGUGGGAGGAAUGUUAUUUGCGCCGCGGCGGAUUAUCAGAGUCGACUCGGACUAUGGGAUGAUAUUAGCUGCGACGAAAAUUUGCCAGGCGUUGUUUGUCAGAGAUUCGCUUUUCAGCCAGUGUGA